AUGGCCUCCGCGGCUGCCAAGCGCCGCUUCCAGUCCCCAUCCAAACCCUCCCUUGCCCUCCACAACCUCAUCUUCACCGUCAACGUCUUCAACCACAACAACGUUCUGAUCAUAAGUCUUGAAAAACCCGGGGACGAGCUAGUCGUGGAUGACAACGGUGUUUUCAAGUUCGAUAUUGAUGUCGAUAACUACGAGUAUGAAGGUGUGGUGCUGGAGUCGGUGAGAGUUACGUGGAAUGUGGUGUUGAAAGGGUGGAGAGGGGUUUUUAAUAUGGUGGAAUGCCACGGGAAGAAAGGGGUCGACUGGUGGUUCUGGGAGGAGCUGCCUUUGCCUGGCUGUUGCGCCAGCCUCGUCGAUAGUGGUGUCGUGGCGGAUUUGAGGUUGGAGUUCACUGAUGAUUCCAAAAGGGGUCAAAACAAUGUUGAUCAUGUUGGGCGGAUUAACAAAGUGAGCGUGGGGAUGUUGAGUUUAGGGUUUACAACAAAGUUGAGGUAUGUCGGUGUAGAUGAUGGUCUAAGAUACUUGCAGCACUUCCUUUGUUAUUGA